AUGCAGUGCAAUAAAAGUAAACAAAGCAGUGAAGUGUCAGCUCGACCAAGAGCUCGAGUCGAGCUAGAGCAAAGUACCAGCUCGAUCGAGUUUAGGGACGAGUUGAGACAAACAAAGCUAAAGCUCGAUCGAGUUGAAGCUUGGCCGGUCGAGUUGAGGAACUCGACCGGUUGGUCGAGUGGACGGUCGAGCUGGUCUUCAAGAUGGCUUCUCCCUUCUUCCUUUGCGUGUCCAGUUGAGCUGCUUCCAUGCGCCAAGUCCCUCCAUGCUCCUCAUGUCCCAUAUGCUCCAGAAUGCUCCAAAAGACCUAUUUCAAAGGACCAAACAUGCAUAUUACAUCACCUAUGCAUCCAUAGGAUUCAUCUAGAGGAUGAAAGUAAGUCAAGCAUUGAACCUCAGAGAAGGUUGAACCCCAAUCUAAAGGAAGUAGUGAAGAAAGAGAUACUCAAGUUGCUUGAUGCUGGGAUAAUGUAUCCCAUCAGUGAUAGCACUUGGAUAUCUCCAGUUCACUGUGUCCCACAGAAAGGGGGGAUCACUGUCAUUAAAAACGACAAAGAGGAGCUGAUUCCCACUAGAACAAUAGUGGGGCAUCGCAUGUGUAUUGACUAUAGGAAGCUAAAUUCAGCAUCUAGAAAGGAUCAUUUCCCUCUCCCUUUCAUUGAUCAGAUGUUAGAAAGAUUGGCAAACCACCCUUUUUAUUGUUUUCUUGAUGGCUACAGUGGUUUCUUCCAAAUCCCGAUCCACCCUAAUGAUCAGGAGAAGACCACUUUCACAUGCCCUUAUGGCACCUUUGCUUAUCGAAGGAUGCCAUUUGGGCUGUGCAAUGCUCCAGCUACUUUCCAGAGGUGCAUGACCUCCAUUUUUUCAGAUCUGAUAGAGGAGAUGGUAGAAGUCUUCAUGGACGAUUUCUCAGUCUAUGGAGCAUCCUUCUCCUCAUGUUUGUCUAACUUGUGCAGGGUGUUGCAGAGGUGUGAGGAGACCAAUCUAGUACUCAACUGGGAGAAGUGCCACUUCAUGGUUCGAGAAGGGAUUGUGCUUGGACACAAGAUUUCCGAGAAAGGGAUCGAGCUCGAUCGAGCUAAGGUGGAUGUCAUGUUGCAGCUCCCUGUUCCCAAGACUGUGAAGGACAUAAGGAGUUUUCUGGGUCACGCAGGGUUCUACAGAAGAUUCAUCAAGGACUUCUCAAAGAUAGCAAGACCCUUGACAAGGCUUCUAUGCAAGGAGACAGAUUUUGAGUUUGAUGAAGAAUGCCACAAGUCUUGGACCUUGCUGAAGGAUGCUCUGGUAUCUGCGCCAAUAGUUCAAGCUCCAAACUGGGAUCACCCAUUUGAGAUUAUGUGUGAUGCAUCUGACUAUGCAGUAGGAGCAGUGCUUGGCCAAAAGAUAGACAAGAAACUCAAUGUCAUCUACUAUGCAAGCAAGACUAUGGAUGAUGCUCAAUGCAAGUAUGCAACCACAGAGAAGGAGCUCCUUGCCAUAGUCUUUGCCUUUGAGAAGUUUCGAAGCUAUAUAGUUGGAUCCAAGGUGAUUGUGCACACUGACCAUGCUGCCCUUAGGCACAUCUUUGCUAAGAAAGAUACAAAGCCAAGACUUCUCAGAUGGAUCCUUUUGCUUCAAGAGUUUGAUAGAAGUUGUGGACAAAAAGGGAGUAGAAAAUGGAGUUGCUGA